CUACCGUGUAGACACACAGUUAUCAGUCGCUAUCAGCGGGAACAUUCUACUCUGCUCCAGACCGCCGCCACAGCAGCCUGCAAAAGCACAAUCCGCUCCGUCGCUAGCCAUGAUUACGAUUAAGUGUAAAGACACCAAUCUGGAUCCCCUUCCGAUCAAGAUUGGGAUCAUUGGCGGAUCAGGACUCGACGAUCCCGAUAUCCUGGAGCAUCGCCAGGAGCGUGUGGUGGAGACGCCCUACGGAGAACCGUCUGAUGCCCUGAUCGAGGGCGAGAUCAAUGGAGUCCAGUGCGUGCUCCUUGCAAGACAUGGCCGCAAGCACGACAUUAUGCCCUCCAAUGUCAACUACCGCGCCAACAUCUGGGCUCUGCGCGACGUGGGCUGCACCCACCUGAUUGUGUCCACGGCCUGUGGCUCCCUGCGCGAGGAAAUCAAGCCGGGCAACCUGGUUGUGCCACAUGAUUUCAUCGACAGGACCACCAAACGCCUGCAGACCUUCUACGACGGCAAGGCACAAAGUCCACGUGGUGUUUGCCAUCUGCCCAUGUUUCCGGCAUUCAGCGAACGCACCCGCAACAUUCUGCUCGAGGCGGCCAAGGAGCUGGAGAUUCCCACCCACCAGAAGGCCACUAUUGUGACAAUUGAGGGUCCGCGCUUCUCCUCCCGCUCCGAGAGCCACAUGUUCCGCCAGUGGGGCGGGGACCUCAUAAACAUGACCACGUGCCCCGAGGUGGUGCUGGCCAAGGAGGCUGGACUACUCUACGGAUCGGUGGCCAUCGCCACGGACUACGACUGCUGGCGCAUGGGCUGUGAGGGGGUCAACGUGCAGGAUGUGCUCCGCACUUUUGCCGAGAACGUGAUCAAGGUGAAGAAGAUCCUUGUGAAUGCCGUGGGUAGGAUUGCCAAGGAGGACUGGUCAGAGGACAUACUGAAUGCCAAGCAAUGUGUUUGCGACAACACCAUGUCUGGAGCCAUGUGACGUUUUAUUAAACUGUGCCAUGAUAUAACCGAAGAAACGCUGAUUCGCCGCAAGAUAUAUGUUCCACCGUUCUAUCAACAGUUCCACAAAAAGCGGGGACCCAAAGUCCACUCCAUAUCCAUAACGUACGAAUUGGACCCGGAGGAUUCCAGACAGCCGCCGGUGGUUAAAACUCCAUUCAAAUGUGAAACUGUGACGUCUGCCUCAGCGUCGCAGUAAACGAUAUACAUAUGUAACUACAGAUAUUUCCUUAAUCAAAUGCAAACUAAUUCAUAAACA